AAAUUUCUUUAACGCAAGUCAUAACGGAUUCAUAUUGCUGAGGAGCAUGUUGCGCUUUAGGCAAAGUGAGAGUUAACUUUUUUAUCACUCCCUUUUUUGUCGUACAUCAAAGAGGAAAAUGCUGACCUUAAGUAACAUUAUCUACUUAUUUCCAAUGCUGGUAUAGGUAAAAGACAUGGGGCUCAGGCUCACAUCACAAAAACUGGCAGAGAAGGGGCGAAGUUAGGAGACCAGCUCAGUCCAUGGUUAUGAGGUUGGAAUGCAGGUGUCUUAUCUCGAUGAUAAUGAUGUAGCAGCGAUAAAGCUUUCUCACUUGAUACAAGGGGAUUCAAACGGAUCGCUCACAACUGCAGGAAAUGCCACGAGUAGGCCAAUUGAUGUUAGCCGGCUAGAUCUAAGGGUGGGAAGAAUCGAGGCAAUUCAAGAAAUAAGAACCACACAGAAGAUGUUCCGUUUUGCGGAAGUUGAUGUUGGUGAAACGAUAAGCAGAUCUGUGAUAAGUGAACUGGUUAAUAAUAUCCCACUGGAAGACUUGGAAAACAGAGAAGUUGUGGUAUUGUGCAAUAUUAAACCAUGGAAAAUGCUUCGCUACGUCUCGGAGGGUACGUUCCUUUGCGCCAAGACUGAUGAUAAAAUUGAAGUCCUGGAGCCUCCACCCGACUGUACUCCAGGAGAUGAAGUUACUGUAGCAGGUUACAGUGGCACUGCUGACAGAGUUUUAGAUCCAAAAUUAAAGAUGUGGGAAAUUGUUUCUGCAGAUUUGAAAGUGAAUGAAGACGGAGUUGCUUGUUACAAAGGCACACCUUUACGAGUGCAAGAUAAAGGUCUCAUCAAGACAGAAACUCUGAAAAAUGUGAGCAUCAUUUGAAGAGAAAAAGUCAUAAUAAUCUAUACUUUAGCUUCGAUCCUGAUUAUGAUUGUAAACUGUUUUUUUAGAAAAUGAAAAUGGAAAACAAACAAAUAAUCCGUAUCCUUCAUGUUGUAUUUCGCAUUUCAUUUUCAUAAUUUAUUCUCAGCGUGCAUUUGUAUAUAUUUUUACAGAAAUUUCAGUGUAAAAGAAAGUGCCGAUGUAAGCUUUUAAUUUUUAAUUUUUUGCAAUUGCAAAUUAAGGGGAUAUUGAACUGCAUCUAAGACUGUUAUAAUUUAGAUCUCCUUCUUUCGCUUCAAUAAAUUACCUUGGAUUGCCAAGGUCUGGUCAUAGUAAGUCUGAACAA